UCCUCCUCUCUCUCUCUCUCUGACUGAAAAUAGAUCCAGCUGGGUUUGGUUUGGCGAUCAGCGGCUCGCGUUUCCACCACAUUUUCCUCCACAAUAAGCGGACAGUACCGACUUUAAAGCGAACCGGAGGAUUUACCGCCGUCUCUUCGGGCUCCACCUCGCUCCCGUCCCAGGCUCCGUGCUGUCCGUGCAGCUUUCACAUAAAUAUUUCACACACCGUUUCUCUGUGGUUGCUGCCUCCGCCGCUGAAGUGAUGUCUGUCGCGGGGUUGAAGAAGCAGUUCCAUAAAGCCACCCAGAAAGUCAGCGAGAAGGUUGGAGGGGCGGAAGGAACCAAGCUAGACGAUGACUUUAAAGAAAUGGAGAAGAAGGUGGACGUCACCAGCAGAGCAGUGUUGGACAUCAUGACCAAAACUACAGAGUACCUUCAGCCUAACCCAGCAUCAAGAGCCAAGCUGAGUAUGAUCAACACCAUGUCAAAGAUCCGUGGGCAGGAAAAAGGACCUGGUUAUCCGCAGGCUGAGACCGUCCUAGGAGACGCCAUGUUGAAGUUUGGACGGGAGUUAGGAGAGGAGUCCAGCUUUGGCUUGGCCCUCAUGGAUGCUGGUGAGGCGAUGAAGGAACUCGGGGAGGUGAAAGAUGCUCUGGACAUGGAGGUCAAACAGAACUUUAUUGAUCCACUGCAGAAUCUUCAUGAUAAAGACCUCAAAGAGAUACAGCAUCAUUUGAAGAAGAUGGAAGGCCGACGUCUGGACUUCGACUACAAGAAGAAGCGUCAGGGGAAAGUCCAGGAUGACGAAAUCAAACAGGCACUGGAGAAGUUUGAUGAGAGCAAAGAGAUCGCAGAGCAGAGCAUGUUUAACCUACUGGAGAGCGACAUAGAGCAGGUGAGCCAGCUCUCAGCAUUGGUCCAAGCUCAGUUUGAAUACCACAGUCGUGCCUCUGAAAUCCUCCAACAGCUCUCCAGGAAGAUGGAGGACAGGAUAAAAGAAGUGUCCAGUAAACCGAGGAAGGAGUACACUCCAAAACCCAGAAUGACACUGGAGCUGCUGCCACCCAGCGAAAGCCACAAUGGAGGGAUACACUCUGCCAAAUCCCCAGGAAGAUCACCAGCCCCUAUGGACCAGCCAUGUUGUCGAGCGCUCUACGACUUUGAACCAGAGAAUGAAGGUGAGCUGGGCUUCAAAGAGGGGGAUGUCAUCACCCUGACCAAUCAGAUCGAUGACAACUGGUACGAGGGUAUGAUCAACGGCCAGUCGGGCUUCUUCCCCAUCAAUUAUGUGGAUAUUCUGGUGCCGCUCCCUCAUUAGGUCCUGUUACCAACCUUCCGCUUCCCCUCGACCAAUCCAGACACCCAGAAAACAGCCUGUAUUUGCAUAAACAACAAACCACGCCCUCCUUCUACUUCUUCUUCUUCUUCUUCUGUGCUUCUGUGCGAUUCUGCUUUCACAAAAUGGACUGAAACGAGAGAGAAGCCCGAGAUGGGAUACAUAAGAUGCGGCAGUAGAACAGCGAUUAGAGUAGAAGAAGAAAGGGAGAGGAGGAUUAUAGCGUGAGAGCUGCAUAAGCAAGGGACUGAAAGAGAUGAAAAGACAAAGAGAUGAUGUUCUUUUAUAGCGCAGUGCUUGGCCGGGCAGCACAGAAUACUGUGAGGUUAUGGAGACUUGCGAAUAAGGCACGGUGUAUAUGUACGUGCAUGUAUGUGUCUGUAUGUGCGUUUUGACCUGUUCUUACUGUAUUUAUGAUCAAGCCAGCACAAAUUCCUGCUUGUCGGUUUAGCUGCCUGACAGCUUUUUUGUGAGACUGUCUUCUUUCUUCUUUUCUUGCUGUAUUUCUCUAAAAGUAACUGUUCUUUCUACCUUAACUUGCCUUCUUGUGCUCUUUUUCAUACCUAAAUUUUUCAGAAACUGUCACAGUUUUACCAGCUGUCUAUCUUUGUUACUUUCUCUUGUCUUGUUAUUUUCUUUCAUUGGGUAGCACUACCUUUUAGAAAGGCUCCAUAGUCCAGAUUGUAGACCAUCAAAAUAACAACCCAGAGCCACAGAUCCAUAGAGUUUACGAUUUAGGUAUAUUUCAACCUCUUUUUGUAACACCCUCUGCCUUUGCUGACACUGCAUAGCAUUUCAAUUCAGUGGCUGAAUGCAUGAUCCAGCCAAAAAAAGAUUGACUGUGUUGAAGUAAGCUUGGUCUUGCUAGAAUGGAAAAGAGAACAUUUAUCCACUUGUUUUUAAACCCAUUUAUCUUGUAAAAUGGAACUUUUAGGUGGGUUUUGAGGCUUGAGGAUCAAGAAACUCAUUCAACACAUCACUAAGCAGAAGUUCAAGUGAUGAAAAGGAGAAGUUUGGGUUACUCUUUUUACCAAGCAGCACUGAUUUGCCAUCACAGCCACAGAUGAAUGUUAUUGAACAGAGCCUUGUUUGUUUUUGUUUUUUAUUUGAUACACAUUUGAACAUUCCAGUAUGCAUAGUGAGAAAGAAGUUUGUUUGUUUUUUCCUUUCUAUAUACUGUGGUUUCCUUGUACUCUGUGGAGUAGGAGCUUGCUGAUUUGUCUAAAUAUGUGGCUUUUGCAUGCAUGACUGUGUGUGGCUAGAUGGCUUAAAAAACAGCAAUUUUAGAUUUCUUCAGAUUUUCAAUAACUCAUGCUCAGAAACAUAAUUAAGUUUGGGAGGUGAUACUCCCUUGCCAAAAGGCACGUCAGUAGGACAUGUAGUAGCUGAUGAACAGUUACAACUAGUGCUCCCAGCGUUAAUCUCAUUAAAAUGACAUUAAUGUCAUUUUAACGAGAUUAACGCUGGGAGCACUAGUUACAACAAUUAAUAUCUACCCAACAAUCUGUCUGAGAAGUAUCAGUAAAGUCUACUGUGAAUGACCAUGGCAGACCCGAUGACAUGAACGUGCUUUGCAUCCUUUAUUUACACACAAACACAUAGAGAUUUAGCUCUCCUGCUGCCAGCUCAACAAUAUCACAACAACUAACCAUCACAGGACCCGUCAGCGGGGCAUGAUUGCAGAUGCUGUGCAGGUGCAUCUGCCUUCCUUGCAUGGCACCGCAGGCCCCACCCCGCCACAUACCCCCAUCGCCCGACUGAGGCCGGGCAGACAUCCGGCCGAACCUACUCCACCACCACGAGUGGGAGAGGGGAUCAGCCCGGAUCGUCGGUGCCCCUGGCCCCUGGCCAAGGGGUGUCAGUUCAGGUGGCCGCCCACGAACCCAGCGGCGCCGGCGAAGCUGGUCCGGAGGUCAGCCGCGUGGCAGGUGGACACGGCGCGGCUGGCACGGUCGUGAGCCCCAGCUAACAGGCGGCUGGGCAGAUGUUCGGUGUACACCGGCCACUGGUUGGGGUGAGGCCGGUCUGGCGUGCACGUCCAAUUGAGCAUGCUCCCCUGGCACAGGGACCUCCAUCUCCUCGCGCGGCCCCUCCGUCACCACCCCCGCUUCCGGCUGGCGGGGACCCUCGCAUGCCUCCUCCACCACCAGCGAUGGUGUAGCAAGUUCCUCCCACGCUGACCUCCAGCUCGGGCUGGGCAGGUGGGUGAGCUAGUGGUGGGCUCAGCAGUUGCUCCUUGUCCCUCCUCCGGAGAGCAGGAAUGGGAGCUGGCCCCUGCCGGGCACAAGCUACUCCCACCCGAGGAGUGGGGAAGGGUGCGGUGACAGGCUGCGGACCGGCCACCCCAGAGGUGUCGGGGAGCACCUGUGGGGGUGGCGGCGGUGUCGGGCAGGACCGGAUUACCACCGCCAGAUCCUUCAUUCUCUGCAGGUUCUGCUCUGUCUGGUCCUUCAGCUCUUUCUGCUGCCGGCGACACACCUCCCUCUGCAUGGCUGCCAGCUCAGCCACCAUUUGCACCAUCUCCUCUCUCUGCUUGCCCAGUCCUGAGUCUGCCGAGCCUCCCGUCCUGGGUUUCGGCACCACUGUGAAUGACCACAGCAGACCAGGUAACAUGAACAUGCUUUGCACCCUUUAUUUACACACAAACACACAGAGCUGCAGCUCUCCCGCUGCCAGCUCAAAAUUACCACAGCAACCAACCAUCGCAUGAUCCAGCGCUAUGCUUAAGUCGGCGGGUGUAUCCGCCUUCCGUGCACGGCACCGCAGGCAACGCCACAUCUACGCUUUAAUCUUUAGAGUGCUGUUAGGGGCCCGACUAUUUUACAUGAUCAUAGUUCCCACUAAACAAAGUAUCUGAAAUUCCGUGGUGAAUAUUUCAGAAUCUUUCCAACUUUAUUGUUAUUUGGCAAUGAAAAACUUCUAGUAUUUUGGUCUCAAACACUAAAACUCUCUAACACUAGUUGCUAAGCUUUAUGUUGAAACAGUAAAGCAAGAUCAAAACAUUUUGCUGUCAUGAAACCUGUUGUAAUGCUAAUACUAAAUUCCAGAUUCACAUUGUUUAUGUCAAAAUCCCGAUAGCUUACCAGGGAGAAUAUACUAUAUUUUUGCCUGGUCAUGAUACCAGUUGCCUGUUAUAGCUGUGUUUAAUGGCAACUAACUGGGCCGACAAAGGUCAGUGCAGCUCAGAUGUGCCAUAUUCACAAUGGAAGUCAUUCGCUAAACCAUCUGCAUUGAAUAAUAUCUAUAAUGUAAAGUUGCACACAAUGGAAUUGAUUCAUAGCAAUGUGGCAACCAGAGGCCAUAAGAAGUCCGUGACAUUCAGUGACUUCAAGCGACUAUGGCCAAAGUAACCACUGGCAAAGGGAAAAGGAUGGGAUCCAAGAUAAACUUUUCUCAUCUUCCAGGUGAGAAACUGAAGUAUAUAACAAUGAAGAGUGAAGUCUAUUGAGUUUGGAAAGAAAAGCUUCUGGACUUUCAUCUAAGAAGCUUCUUCAACUCUAAGAACUGAAGGAGCUUCUUGGAUGAGAGGUGAAACAUCAUCAACAAACUUAAAGAAGUCCAGACGCUUUUCUUUACAAGCUCCUUAGACUGCAGUGACCUGGAUGACUGAGAGCCAACAGACAAUGAAUAGUGAAGAAUAUCUGUAUUGUCAUAUGACCUGAUAGUGAAUAACAAUAGAAGGUAACCUAGGCAACCAGUGGCCGGAACACUCACCAGCAACCAGCUGUAAGCUUCAAAGUAAUGCGUGAUGACCAAAAUUGCUGUUUGAUGACCAAACUUUUUUUUAGGUUGCACUCAAGUUUUAGAAUUUUGUCUGCCUUCUUGUUCAUAGAAUGAUACAUUUUGUUAUAUCAGAAUGUUGUUAAUGCCCUUAAACAUCUCACUAAAUUCAAGAUUUACUCAUUUAUUUAUUUUAACCCUACGAUCGUGACAUCUUUUUUGCUUCUGAACCUGUUGUCAUAAUCUCAGGCAUAAUUAUACCAUUCUUUAGCCAAAUGCUUCAGAUAUCUCAUUCUAGUUUUCUCUUAAACAGUUGCUGGAAUAGUUAAAUGUUAGUAAGAACUCUGUGUUGGUGGUAGCUCCCUGCUGCAAACGCGAUGUGUAGCAUCUAGCAGGAUGGCUACAAUGCCAAAAUGCUUCUCAUUAUUCUCAGUUUCUGGACAGAUCUGCAGUAUUGUUAAAAGCAGUGUAAAGGAGUCUACUUUGACAACGACCAUAUGAAAAAGGUUGAUAUUAUUUACUGUUAAAGGUUCUCUGAUAAAGCAACUUUUAAAGAUCUGGACUCACAAUUAGAGAGAUGACUCAGUUUAAAUAACUGAAACAUUCCAGUAAUAUUAAGAGCUCUCUUCGAAAUAGAGGACAGAACUACAAACCUAUAAUUACAUGUGUUACUUGUUGAAAUAGGCAUCUAAGUAUAGUUCUGGGUUUAUGUCAAAUCAACUGAUAAAGGAAAACGACAACACCUUGGUCAUCUCUGCUUUGAAUUCUAGUUGUAAUUUACCAGUCACACAUUUUUUAAAACGGACUGUUUGAUACUUAUUGUACAGAGUUUAAGAAUAAUUUAAAAAAAAAUCUUAGGGUUCUAGGGUUUUCUAUCUGAGCAUUAUUUAUGAACCAGCAGGAAUCUGUGUUAGCAUGGCUGAUGCUAAUGUGCCAGAAGUGGCUAACCAGCUAGCCUUUAGCUUAACAUUCCUGUACUCUUGCUUUGUUGAUGCAGUGUUGAGCAGAAUACGUUAGAGUAUUUAGUGCCUGAUUACUGAAUACCUCAUCUUAAAUGUAACAUAUAGGCUAUUGAAAACAACAGAGAAAUAUAACAUAUUCCGAAUUUUUCUAGAAUACUCCGCCAGAAGAGCGGCUUUCAUGUUAAACAGGUUAUACUACAAUCUUUUUUCCUAUUACUUACAGACCAUUAACAUAUAUGAUCAUUUUAUACUACUAAAAUCAACAUACUAAGAUCUAUUAGCAGGUUAAUGGUUUACAUGUAUAACGUGGACCAUAUUAAAAUAUAUAAAAUCUUUACGGUUUCUACCAAACUUUAGGCAAAAUGACGGGUUUGAUUGUCUGCUUGUUAAGUAAUCAGGUAUUAAACCCUGUUUCCAGGUAUCAAAGCUCAAGACAUUGAACUUAGGACCACAGUUUUUCAUACUAAGCAAUCCAAAACAUGCAGUAACACACUGAUUAUUAUUCAUGUGUAGUGGAUGGUGUCAUCUCUGACUUCUAGGCUGAUGUUUUAUCUGUGUCCAGUGUUUUCUGUCUUCCAUAUGAAGUUUAUAUCUGCCAGCAGCGCAUCCUCUUACAUUUUUAUUGAGAACAAUUUAAGCCACAUCCUACAUCCUCAUCCCUGUGCUGAUGUGUUGAUAUUAGCCUACCUAUUGCUCUGUAGCCAGCUACAAAGGAGUAGAUCAUUAUGUCAACUAACCCAACUUCAGUGACCCUCUAUAUGUUACUGCUAGUUUCCAUAGCAGUCUUCAUUUGCAUCUAGAAGUGCUGUAUGUUUAUAGUUUUUCAGAAAGACAUCAGUAAGAACAUGGUAUACAGUCUUUAAAUGACAACUAUCUCAGUGACUAAAGUCAGCUUACUGCUAACUCUGCCAAACCCCAUAGAUCACUGUUUUAAUGGGUGCCUGGAUAAUAAAUUAUAACACCUGGAAAACACCACACUGAUAAUUUUAUCGGAAUCUGGACCUUAAAAAAACAAAAACAAAAAUGAAUAGUGUUCAGAAAGGACAUUUGGACCUGGAGAUGGCUGAUGAGGUUAGGCUUAAAAAGCAGAUAUAAAAAAUCAUGACCAUUAUAAUUAUAUUUACAAUCUUAUUGCCUUCUCUUGCUAAAGUCUAAUGAUUAAUCAGUGCAUAACACAUACCAGAGAAAGUCUAUGCCACCUAAAAUGGCACAGAUACUUAAGAAGUGUGACAGAGGCAAGACAGAAAACAACAAAAACAAAAUGCUUUAGUUGAGAUAUUUGUCAAGAUAAAAUAUUUGAUAGAAGUUUGAUUGAAGGACGGGAAAACCUAAAGCUACUAUACAAUCCUUUUGAAUAGUAAUAAUAAUAAUAAAAAAGGAAAAGUACUGGUUCAGACUAAACAGUAUCUUCUAUAAACUGUCAAUAAUACUGAAUAUAAAGGCAAUAAGUUCUGAUGGAACAAUAAAAUUUAAGGUUUCAUCAAAGGAAGAGGUAUCUACCCAUCUGUCUGUCUAUCUAUCUAUCUGUGAAAGAGCUAAGACAUCUCUUCCAUUGCCAAAGCACAUGCGUGAAAACAACAAUACAAUCAUCAAAUAAAACUUUAUAAUAAUCUCUUUCCAGUCUUCAAUUUUUUUUCUGCCAUAUACCUGCUUUUGCAUAAAUGUUACAGGUUUUUGUAAAAGACGGAGGUUUGGUUGGUGCAAACAUAUGUUCAGUGUUUUCUUUUUACUUUAUUCUGUCGGUAAGUUCUGUGUCUGAAAACCUGAUUUUUCUGAGUCUGCCUGUCGAAUGUGUGUGAGCUGCAUGCAACUGGACCGCUUCACGUCUGCUUUUUGAGAUGGAUUUUUUAAAAGUCAAAACAUUCAAAAAGGGAAAAAGAGAAGGGGGAGAUGUUCGUCCUGCUGGCUUUUGUCUUGCAGUGCAGUGAACCUAGGUUAACUCUGCUACUCUUCUGUUUUUUGUUGUUCAGUUAUUGUACUCUUUGACCUGUUGAAAAUUCAUAUGGCACUCUUCUUCAACUUACAAAGUGCUUUAAGACUUUUUGUAUUUCUUUGAAUGAUGUUUUUAUUUUUGCUUUUUUUGUUUCACUUCCACUGCGAUUUGCCCUCUAUGGCGACAUGUAUUCUAACCUCAAUGAGGGACUUGUACAGUGUUACCCUCCAUUUCCCCUGUUCACCUUGGUAAGAGUCAGACCUAGGCCACAUUACCUACCUAAAGUCAGUUUCACCUCUCCAGUUGAGAGAUCAGUCAUGACACUCCAAACAAAAGCUGCAGGUCUCCAGUCUUUCCUCAGAGGUACAGCUGUUCUGAAAGGAGAAACACCGUCAUUGUCUGGGGCUAAACUUGAGAAGCACCAGCUGGCAGAUUCUAAUAUACUUUACAUUUGGACUUCUGCUAAAAAAAGUCAUUUUACAUUAAUUAUGUAUUAAUAAGCAGGUUAAUAACUUAAAAGAAAGCAUUUGCGAAAUUGUAUAAGUAUUAUUGGUGUCUUGUGAUAACUGGUUGGAGAAAUUACAGGCUUAAUUAUUUUCUUGCUAACAGUAGCUUUAGAAGAUUUAGGGGCUUCUCAUAGCUGAUGGUUUCCACCAGUGUACAGCAACAAUGAACUAAAAAAAUAUGUUGUAUAAUUUAACAGUAAGAUACAAUAGUUAAUAUCACCUCCCACUUCAUUAUGGACAUCUGUUUAACCUCUUGUUACCCAUAUAUAAAAUCAACCAAUCACAUGACAGCAAAUCAGUGCCUUUAUGCACUAUGACUAUGAAUACUUAGAUAAUGCUGAGGGAAGAAACAAUAUUCACAUGGCUUUGAAUGUGGCAUUGUUGCCACACAGGGAUCUCCAGGGUUUUUAAAAAUGGUCCAAAAAAAGACAAAAUAUCCAGUCAGUGGCAGUUCCCUGAGUGAAAAUGUCUCGUUAAGGUCAAAGGUUGGAGCUGAUAGGAACGCAACAGUAACAGUAACACUGUGCCAUUCCUUUCAGCUAAGAGUGGGAGACCGAGAUAGCAAUUCACAUAAGCUCACCAAAAUUGGACAAUAGAAGAGGGGAAAAACAUUUCCUGAUCUGAUCAGUCUCAAUAUCCGCUGUGAUAUUUAGACAAUAGGAUCAGAAUUUGACAUAAACAAAGCAUCUUGCCUUGUAUUAACAGUUUAGGCUGGUGAUAGAGUGAUAUAGUGUGGGAUAUUUUUUUGGCAAAGUUUGAGCUCUUUCUACUAGGUGAGCAUCAUUUAAUGUGACUGCUUACCUGAGUAUUGAUGCUGACUGUCUUCUGAUGGGUGAUCAGAGUUCAUUGUAUUCAAAUGGUUCCCCACAGUUACCAGAUCUCAAUUUAAUAGAGCAUCUUGGGUGGAAGACGAGAGUCACAUCAUGGGGGCGUAACUGACAAAUCUGCAGCAACUGUGCAAUGCUUUCUUUUUAUAUGCACCCAAAUAAAUGAGGAAUGUUCACAGAACCUCGUUGAAUCUAUGCCAUGAAGAAUUAAUGCAGCUCUCAAGGCAAAGGUGGGUCCAACCCAGUACGGUAGUAGCAAAGUGUACUUAAUAAAGUGACCAGUGAGCAAAUAUACUCUCUGUGCUUCAGAAUUAGUGUUGGAGUGAUGUGAAACCCCUGAAGCUACAGCCAGUUAUCUCGGAGAAAUAAAGAAUUGAUUGUCUUGCUUGGCUCAAAGAUGGCAGCAUACACCAAUAAACUGGGCUUGAUUGAUCUAUACUUGAUUGAUCAACAGAUUAGGAUUUGAGGUGUAGAGUGUCCACUUGCAAAAAAAAUAAAAUAAUGUAAGCUACUUUCCUUUGUGCACCAAGGAUGACAGUAUAUUUAAAUAAAAAUUGGUGUUUUAUUUUUAACUCAAGCUGUUUUUUGCUUUUUUGAGGCUCCACCUGUGAGGUUUAACUCAAGCAGAAGGAUUUCUCCCAAGGGAGCGGGUCUGCCUCUGAGAGCUGACCUGCUUCAAAGAAACAUUUGCAAAACUAAAUCUAAUCUCUGCACCAUGAUUUUUGGGGUGUAAUAAUGUGGCCGGGGUCUGAACUGUGGCUGUGUUACAUAAUCAUACUUUAUGCCUUGUGGCUGUAUGAAAUGGCCCUAUGACUUUGGAACCUGCUGUCCUCUGGUGAGCUACUUGUGUGUAUGUUAAUAUAUACACACCUUGUUGGUAUUUAUUUAUUUAUAUAUGUAUUGUAUGUAUUGAUUUGGUUAUUUAUUAAUUUAUUUAUUCCUGUGUCCUAUUUAAUGGUUAGGCACCUGUGACAUAUUUGACGGUCGUCAAUACAUUGGUGUAUGGUGUAGAGUAUGGGAGGGGUAGUGAUUGGGGGGAGGAUGAAGGGGUAUUUUGGGGGGGUUGGGGGUGGGGUUGGUCAAUGGAAAAAAUCUAGCUGUGAUACUAACUCUAACUGUUGCUCUCCUUGUAUUGGACAAUGAUAUAAUCUAAGACCACUGUAUGUAUAACUGCUUGUCGUGAAGAUGAACUACAAUGUAAUGACAAUAAAGAUUAACACUAUGAUGACA